CCGCGCCUGCCGCUCCAGCCUGGCCGGUGAAGCCCUUCCCCGACGCCCAGGAUCAUUCUCCCCCACCACCAGCAGCAUGGAGAGCGUGCGUGAGCUCCAAAAUCCACUCUUGGCCAAGGCCAACGGACACCUUCGCAGCAGCUAUUCUUACCACCAGCAUCACAGCCAGGACUACCCCAGUCAUCACUGCCAAGGGAAACUGUAUUCCUACAUCUUCCAAAACACAGGCGGUGCCAGGACUCACCAGCUGCUGGAUGCCAGUUCCCUGCAGCUGGCCGUGGAAGCCUUGUAUGGCCCAAAUUUCAUCCUCGUGAAGGAUGAGACUGCUCUCAAGGCCAAGGACAGCAAGAUGGAAAACUGUGAGACCACUUUUACGGAAAGCAAAGAGGCUCCAUCUGAAGGUCUGGAUGGGCAUGAGGCACAAGGGUCCUGCCUGGUAGAGAGUGACAUCCGCAUCCAAACUGUGUCCUAUGAGGUGGAGGAAGAGGAGCUCCAGGAGUAUGAGAGCGACUCCUCCAGCGACAGUGAAAGUGAGGAUCAUUUCCUGAUGCUUCCCCCCCGGGACCACCUGGGCUUGGCCCUUUUCUCCAUGCUGUGCUGCUUCUGGCCCCUGGGGAUUGCUGCCUUCUACUUCUCCCAAGGGACUAGCAAGGCUGUCUCCAAAGGAGAUUUCCACUUGGCCAGUUCAGCUUCCCGACGAGCCCUCUUCCUCGCCGCGCUCUCCAUAACCAUCGGCACCGGCGUGUACAUCGGGGUGGUGGUGGCGCUGAUCGCUUACCUCUCCAAGGGCGGUCACGUAUAGUGCCACCUCAGCGCCGUCCCCGCUGCCAGCCCUCCUGGCAUCCAGCUCUCCUGCACAGCACAGGGUGCCAGUGCCUGCAAGGGCUGCUUGCACAGCAGGACCCCAGUGAGGAUGCCCUGUGCAGGCUCUUUCCCCUUUCAGACAAAGAGUAGACCCCUGUUCUCCCCAAGGCCGUGGGGAGCCUCUAUCCAACUGCAGGGAAUUGUGCACCAGCCUGGCUGCUGGGACCAGGAGGAGCACAUUUGCCUGGUGAAAGAUGUGCAGGAGAGACGCUGCGUGCUGCUCCUGGGCUAGUGCCACCACCCCUGCUCCAGGGCCACAGCUUCCCCCUUCCAUCCCUGCAGCCAGGAGAUCCAACGCUGGUGCCCAAGCAUGGCCCAUGAAGGAGGCACACAAAGAAGAAAGGGAAUGUGGUGCUGAGUAAUGACCAGUCUUUCAGUCUUUCUUCUGGGAAGCUGGGGUCCUGGUGGGAUCUCUAGACUCCCAUGAUAGGAACAACAUUCUCAUUUCGGUGCCAUGGGGUGGUACCUGGCCCCUCAGCUGCAGCAAAGGAGGAGGACACAACAUGGACACGACCAAAGGGCAUGCUCUCCACAUUCCUCUGCAGAGAGACCCCUGAUCCAGGGGACAUCCCAGGCACUGGCCUGUCCCAGGCAAAGAACAGUGAGGAAGGCAGGCUGGUGGUUGUGCACCAUCUCUCCCAUCAUUGGAGCAAGCUGGCGAAGACAGCAAGGUUUUCUCCAUGUUAAUAAUGACUGUAAUGACGAUUGCAAUUUGGAGCCCCCAUAAUGUUGAUGUCCCAAACUGCUGGGCCCUGAAAAGGCUUGUAAUGGCAAUUUUUACCCAAGAAGUGACCUGGGAGGUGUGGGGGCCUGAAGCACUCUACUCUUGGCACUAGGUCAGGGCCUGGUACACAAAGAGGGAUGGAAAAAAAAAGGCCGAUGUGACAUGCAGAGCCUGAGGUGAGAGUUUGCAAGGGGACUUGAUCCAUAGAGCAGGAAGCCUUAAGGGAGCCUGAGACACAGGGGUGAUCCAAAUACACUUCUUCCCAUGCUUCACAGAGGGGUAUCUUCAUUCAUCCAAAGACUCUGCUGACAAGGAAAUCCCAUGCAUCCCCACUUACAUCUUACUUUGGGUAAUUUGUAUGAUGUCAGAGACAUUGAGUGCUUGAGCGGUGGGUGUGAAGGCAAUGACUGCCCCAAAAGGCUGAUGUCGAAAGGCUCUGCCUCAUCCUCCUCCGCAGCACCCACCUUGGCCCUCCCUUGCCCUGGCCGUGGCUCCCCUGCUGCCUUCUUCCCCCAUGUGCAGGGGGCUGCAGGCAGACUCUGGUCACCCCUCACCCCCUUCCUGGGGUUUCUGGCAGGCUGCAGCCAGCUCUGCAAGAGGCACAGCAUGUUCCUCCAGCUGGGUGCCAUUCAAAUGUACAUUUCAUUCUAAAGAAGCAUGUUAAUGUCUGCGAUUGCUGUUGUACUUGAGCCAUAAAAGAGAGAAGCACAUCAGAGACCUGUUCAGAAGCUGGUCUGAAAGUUCCCAUUACGUUUUAUAACAUGGAAGAGCUAAUAAAAAAAAGCAGGAAAAAGACUCUGUUCAUAAGGACACGGAGCUGGCUUGCAAGGAGGUGAGCUUUGCAGGAGUGCUGAGCUGACUUAAACCUAGAGGUGUUUCUGCAGCUCCCAAAGGAAGCUGUAAUCCAGCUGGUGUCUGGGCAACUCAUAGGGAGAUGUACUGCAAUGUAGGUCACUGUGAGCAGCUAGGACUGGGAGCGGGGUGGUGAUGUAGGCUUUUUGCCAUAUGUGGAUGGACAAGAAUUAAGGAGAGAGAGAGGGACUGGAGCAUUGUGUACUUUUAUGCUGUUCUGUGUAGUAGAAGCAUAAAAUAAAAUGUGUUCAAAGAAGGACAAAAUAUGAACAUCAGGAGGGAAUAAGCAGGUCUUGCUUCUGAUGGUGGACAGAGAGAGAGAUGGAAUUUGCAGGGAUCGACUAGGGUGUCCAGAAGAGAUGAGGUAGCAUAGAGAGGAGAGACGAGGGGCAUCUCACCCAAUGGCUGAGAAGUGGUUUCCAUUCCCCUCUCCUGCAUGUGCUCAGCCUUCCUGGGCAGCCAUCCCUCCAAAUAACCAAGCAGGACAGCAGCACUAUUUCAGGAGAGGGUAUGUCCAUGGGUGCCCAUGCAGCAGACCCACCACCCCCAGCUCAGUGCUGUCCUAGCUGAAGCCCUCCCCACUUCUGCCCCUCAAGCACCCCCAGAUGGGGGGCAGCUGGCUGCCAGGGGGCAGGGGUGGGGGGCUCUCUGACAAUUCUGGUCCAGAAAAAGCUGUUGGGGCUGCUGUACCAGAAUUAACAACCUGAAACUGCAUUUGCUGUGAAGUUGUAGUUCUGCCAGUGGGUUUCCUCCAGGGCCUGCCCCUGUGGAGGUCCAGCAGCCCACAGCCCACUCCUCCUGGGCACCUCAUCCUCCUGCACCCCAACCCAUCUCUUUGCCUUUUUUUAAUUGGAAAUGCAUAGGGAAGGACUGGGCUAAAGGGCCAACAUAAUUAAAGUGUUUUCUGCUAAUA